GAUCCACGGUCCAGCUGUUGUCAUGUCAUGUAAAUUUCAUUUUGUGCUUAUUAUAUAUAUUAUAUGCUAAUAAGCGGUCGACAAAUACUGUAAAUAAAAAAAAAAUCACAAUUAAUGCGAUUAAUUUUUCCACAGGUUUGCGAUUAAACUCAAACUGUAUUUAUUUGUAGCGCCUUUCAUUUGACCGAAACACAAGGCGCUUAAAAUAAAAGAAAAUGAAAUACAUAUUAAAAACACGAUUAGCAAACUUGUUAAUCAAUUCCCAGCUAUAAACAUACAUAUAACCUCGCGCAUGCGCACAUCCUUGCGCGUCUGUGACCGACUCACGAUCAUAAUAAUCCAAAUCUGCCACGCGCCAGCUUCUCAUGCAUAUUCCUAAAGAACCUGCUCCAGAUGUAAUGUGGGUUAUCUCAAUUCCCCAAACAGACCCCCAGGCUGGCCCCCGAGGUCUGGCGCCCCCCUCCCCUCCAUGCCCGUGACGCGCAGCAGAGCGGGUAUAAAACCUCCGUGCGCCUUUUACGCACCAGAACAGUUAGAGCCCACCCGCCCCCGGAGCUCCCAAACUAAAGGAUUUAGAGGACUCCCAACAGGACAACAGUAACAAGGGAUGAUAAACUUGUAGGAACUUUUUUUUAAGAAUUCAUUGUCACUCAUUUUUUUGUUUUGGGAUAUUUUUACGCAACGAAUGAGGACACCCAACCCGCUGGGAAGAAAUGGCUCACCUACCUCUGACAUACCUCCUGGUUCUGGCCUCAGCGCACGCAGUUUUCUCCUCCGGCGUGUUUGAGCUGAAGAUCCACUCGUUCCACACCGCGCAGCGCAUCUGCAGAAGACACAGAGACUGCCACAUAUUCUUCCGGAUUUGCCUCAAACACCCCGAGGACGUGAUCUCCGCGGAGCCGCCGUGCACCUUCGGAACCGGGCACACCAACGUCAUCAGGGCCGACCACACGUCGAUCUCCAGCAGCGCCCCCAUCAGGGUCCCGUUCCACUUCAAGUGGCCGGGGACGUUUUCGUUGAUCAUCGAAGCGUGGAACGCAGAAUCACCGACAGAAUACACAGACAAUCAGAACAACCUCGUGAGCCGUCUGGCGACCAGGAGGAGGCUGGCCAUCGGCGAGGACUGGUCCCAGGAUGUGCACUUCGGGGAGCAGAGCGAGCUGCGCUACUCCUACCACGUCUUCUGUGACGAGUUCUACUUUGGAGACGGCUGCGCGGACUACUGCCGGCCGAGGGACGACACGCUGGGGCACUACACCUGCGACGAAGAGGGCAACCGUGUCUGCCUGGACGGCUGGAAGGGGAACUACUGUUCUGAGCCCAUCUGCUCGGCGGACUGCAGCGAAAGGAACGGCUACUGCGAGGCCCCAGGGGGCUGUACGUGCCGCAUGGGCUGGCAGGGCCCCUCCUGCACCGAGUGCGUCCGCUACCCCGGCUGCCUCCACGGGACCUGCAGCCAGCCGUGGCAGUGUAACUGUCAGGAGGGCUGGGGGGGCCUCUUCUGCGACCAGGACCUGAACUACUGCACCAACCACAAGCCGUGCGCCAACGGGGCCACGUGCUCCAACACCGGGCAGGGCAGCUACACCUGCACCUGCCGGCCCGGCUUCGGAGGAACCAACUGCGAGCUGGAGACCAACGAGUGCGACAGCAACCCCUGCAAGAACGGAGGCAGCUGCAACGAUCUGGAGAACGACUACUCCUGCACCUGCCCUCAGGGCUUCUACGGCAAGAACUGCGAGAUCAUCGCCAUGACCUGCGCGGACGGGCCCUGCUUCAACGGCGGCACCUGCGUGGAGACCAUGACAGGGGGCUACACCUGCAGCUGCCCCUCCAGCUACACCGGCUCCAAUUGUGAGAAGAAGCUGGACCGCUGCAGCAACAGGCCCUGCCUGAACGGUGGUCAGUGUUUGGAUCUGGGCCACAGCAUCCUGUGCCGCUGUCAGGCGGGCUUCAGCGGCGCCAACUGCCAGGUCAACGUGGACGACUGCGCCUCCAGCCCCUGCCAGAAUGCAGGAACCUGCCAGGAUGGCGUGGACGACUACACCUGCUCCUGCACGCUGGGCUACACCGGCAAGAACUGCAGCGUGCGCUCGGACGCGUGCGGCGCCCGGCCCUGCCAGAAUGGAGGCACCUGCUUCACCCACUUCACCGGACCGGUCUGCCAGUGCCCCAAAGGCUUCAUGGGUCCCAGCUGUGAGUUCACGCUGCAGCCCAGCUUCAAGCCCGCUCUGCGCCAAGCCCCCCAGUCCUCCUCCACCACCGUCACCGUGUCCUGCUUUCUGGCCAUCCUGGUCCUGGUUCUGAUUGCCGCCAUCCUUUUCCUGCGGAGGAGGAGGAGGAGGAUGGACGGACGGAAGCAGCUGAGCGACAUUGCGGUGUACAACGACCUGGAGACGGUCAACAACCUCGGCGGCAGCGAGAGAGAAGCCUUCCUGGGUCCCAACGGUCCGUUUAAGAUCAGCAACAGCACGGCCCGCCUCAGCCUCGCCCUGUGCCCCGACGCCAGGUCCGGGUUCAGACACAGCCCGGUGGAGAGCGGCCUGGCCAGGCCGGAGCGUCAGGACUACAUGUGGAGGGAGGAGGCCAUGCUGGGCUCCAGGUGAGCUGGGAAGGACUAAAGGAAAUCUUUCAGCACUUGCUGCCUUUCUCUCCGUUUGGACUCACUCAAAGUUCACGUCAUGUUUUAGCUCCAAAGAAACAAAACGACGACCCAUCGGGACCUACAACACAAACCAAAAACAGGAAGUGACACUACUGGGACCACUUUUCCAAGAGACAUGGUUUGGUUAGUUUAUUUAAAAAGGUUUUUGUAGUUUUUUAAGGCAACAUUUUUUAUUUUGCUUUUCAAUCUUCCUUUGACCAUUAUUUCCUUAUUGUUCGCACCAUCAUUUUUUAUGGUUUAUAUUAUUUAUUUAUUGGAACGCCUGUUUUUUGCCGACUGACACAGAUGUACAGAUAUAUUUAUAUGAGGCUGAGUGUGUGGAUGCGUGAAAUAUCCCAAAGAUGUUCUGUGCUGGGAUUUAAGGAAGAAUGUGCUUUAUCAGGAAUCGUCCGCCAUCACUGUAUUUGACCUUAUGAGCGAGUUUGUGCCAUUUUGUGUUCAUGCCAAAGUUUGAGUUAUAAUACAUAUUUUCAUUCUUUUAUUGACGUUUUCAUGUUUUGCCUGUGAUGUGGAAUAAAAAGUUUUCUCUUGAGUGAA